GUUUAUGAUAAAGUUGCCAUAUAUCUGACUGAAAUGGAACUACUACGCACUCAAACUGAAUUUGAUGAAUCUCUGACAAUAAAAAUUUACCUCUUCCAAUUUGUAAAUUAUUAUACAUCAAUAAUUUAUAUUGCAUUUUUAAAAGGCAAAAAUGUUGGUUAUCCUGCUAAAUACUUGCGUAUAUUCAAUCUUCGUCAAGAAGAAUGUAGUCCUGGUGGAUGUCUCAUGGAAUUAAGCAUACAAUUGUUCAUUAUAAUGGUUGGGCAACAAGCAUUAAAUACUGUUGUUGAAAUGAUAAUUCCUGUAGGUUUAAAUUGGUUCAAUUCAUUGACUGAGAACACAGGUCGCUUAGAUAAUCUGAAAUCAUCAUCAGAGGAAGAAGAUUUGGCUACAGCUGUUAAGAAACCUUGGAUUGAAGAUUACAAACUUUUGGAUUGGGGACCAAGAGGACUCUUCCCAGAAUAUUUGGAAAUGGUUAUGCAAUAUGGUUUUGUAACAUUAUUUGUUACUGCAUUUCCACUGGGUCCUUUCUUUGCAUUGUUAAACAAUGUGUUUGAAAUGAGAUUAGAUGCCAAAAAGUUUUUAAAGUAUUUCCGUCGACCAAUUCCUCAUAGAGUGCCUAAUAUUGGYGUGUGGUAUCGAGUAUUAGAUAUUUUGGGAAAGUUAGCAGUUAUCACAAAUGCAUUCAUAAUAGCAUUUUCUUCUAAUUACAUACCUCGUAUGGUUUACAUAAGUUUAGUGAGUGAAGACCACACAGACAAGGGUUUCUUAAACAAUACUUUAGCUUACUUUGAUACCAAAGACUUUGAAAGUGGUAUUGCUCCAGUGUUAUCAUCAUAUACUAAUGUUACUUAUUGCCGUUAUAAAGAUUAUAGAAAUCCUCCAUGGUCACCGCAGAAAUAUGAAAGACCCACAUUUUAUUAUGAAGUGCUAGUUGCACGCCUUACAUUUGUUGUUAUAUUUCAAAAUAUUGUGUCAUUAGUGAAAGUAGCCGUUCAAUGGUUGAUACCAGAUGUUCCAAAUGCCCUCAGCGACAGAAUUAAACGAGAGUCUUACCUUACAACUCAAAUGAUCAUUAAAAAUGAGGCGAAAAAAGCAGCAGAAAUUGAACACAUGGAUGGUAUGUUGCACGGCGUCAAUUCACCUCAAAGCUUAUAAGACGAGUACUUAUAAGGGUCUCAUGGACUUAUUAUUUAUUGUUAAAAAUUAUGUUUUGUUCAGCUUUACUUUCUGUAUAUUAAUGUAUUUACUUUAAUGACUAUCUUUGUCAGUGAGGRCCAACCUUUUUUAUUCUUCUGGUCACUUACAAUAGAAAAAAUAUAGAUUUUACAAUAAAAUAUCUUGGAAAUAAUGGUAUUUUAUAUUAUAUAUAUUUGUUUGAACUUAAAAUGAGAUAUGGGUUGGGUAUCACUGAUCUAAGUAAUUAUAUUGUGUUCAUGAUUUCUAAUAUUAUUUAUGAAGUAAUUUGCUAUUUUGUGCUUGGUAAUUAAUAACACAUUUACUUUAAUUUAUCAGGCACA